ACUCUUCGGAAACCACAAGAAAACUCAUCAGAAACAUUCACAAAGGCACUCCGCAGCCAGCCCCGGUGCUCCCAGAGCUACCCAAGUCUUUGCUAGAAAGCCCCCACGUGGACCACCGUCAUGGCCGAAAACAACACAGCUCUUUAUGGUGUCACAGCCGCCUGGGACUCUGGGGUGAGCCAGUCUGCUUGGCACAACACAACAAACAACUCCUCCUGCCCCUGGCCUCAGGAAUGGCAAUGGCUGCUAGAUAUCCAGCCAGUGUUCCUCUGGUUUCUUGCCACCGUGGGAGUUGUGGAGAACAUCUUUGUCCUCAGUGUUUUUUGCUUCCACAAGAGCCGCUGCACGGUGGCCGAAGUUUACUUGGCAAACUUAGCAGCCGCUGAUCUCCUCCUCCUCUGUGGUUUGCCUUUCUGGGCGAUCACGAUAAGCAAUAACUUCCAUUGGGUGUUUGGGCUCCCCCUCUGCAAAGCCGUCAAUGCCAUCGUUUAUAUGAAUUUGUAUUCCAGCAUUUACUUCCUGGUGAUGGUGAGCAUUGAUCGCUACCUGGCCUUGGUGAAAACGAUGUCUCUGGGACGCCUGCGCCGGCCUUCUUGUGCAAAGUGGAACUGCCUUGCCAUUUGGGUCUCUGCGCUGUUCUUGAGCUCUCCCACUCUCCUCUUUAGAUCGUUGGAAUAUGACGAAAAAAGCAAUGUCACCGCCUGCAUUCUGGAGUAUCCGUCAGUUGUGCAAUGGACAGUGAUCACAAACACUUUGCUGAACACAGUGGGCUUUUUGAUGCCUGUCUGCGUCAUAACCUACUGCACAGCGCAAAUCAUCCAUACUUUACAAAACAGCACAUUUCAAAAGAUCAGAGCUAUCCAGACAGAGAAAAAAGCCACCGCCUUGGUUCUCUUCGUCCUUCUUCUCUUCAUUGUCUGCUGGCUUCCUUUCCAGAUCACCACGUUCUUGGAAACACUGUUUCGCACUGGGGUUAUUCCUGGUUGUAGGGCUGAGCAAGCCAUUGAUGUGGCUAGCCAGAUUGCCACCUACUGCAGCUUCAGCAACAGCUGCCUUAACCCAAUUGUGUUUGUCCUGGUAGGCAAACACUUCCGAAGGAAAUCCAAGGAGGUCUACUGUCGGAUGUUCCGGAGAAGACCUAGCGCAGCACCAUCCAUCCAGAUAGUGACAACCCUGGAAACUCUCCGAACAUCCUUUUCAGUCGAAAACCACCGGAAAAAGUCUGCUGUUAAUUUGCGAUAGCGCCACUUGCUUGUUACCAUAAGGAAAAAACAUACAUAAAGUGUUGAAUGUA